AUGUUUGUGCAAAAGAAAACAAUAAAGGCUAUAAUUGGAGACUUGAAUGGAGAUUACCUUGGUAUAUUAGUUGAUGAGCCCAAAGAUAUCUCACACAAAGAACAUAUGGCUCUUGUUUUGCGUUAUGUUGAUAAGAAUGGUGAAGUGGUAGAGCCAUUUGUUGGUCUUGUCCAUGUUAGUGAUACAUCGGCAUGCUCGUUGAAGGAAGAAAUCUACUCUUUGCUUUCGGAGCACUCACUAAGUCCAUCACAAAUACGUGGACAAGGUUAUGAUGGAGCUAGUAACAUGAGGGGGGAGAUAAGUGGUCUCAAGAAUUUGAUUAUGAAAGAUAGUUCAUCGGCAUAUUACAUUCAUUGCUUUGCGAUAACACUUGUAGCUAUUGCUAAAAAGAAUUUGGAUGUUGAGGACUUCUUUUGUCAUGUUACUAACGUGUUGAAUGUCAUUGGAGGAUCUUUUAAGCGCAGAGAUUUGCUUCGACAUCUUCAAGCUGAAAAGUUGGAGCAAUUACUUGAGUCCGGUGAAGUUUAUACUGGGCGAGGACUAAAUCAAGAAUGCAGGCUUCAAAGACCAGGUGACACUCGUUGGGGGUCACAUUUCAAAAUAUUAGAUAACUUUAUUGUUAUUUUCUCAUCUAUUGUUCGUGUGCUUUAA